CCUCCCGGCCCCGGGAUGGGGACGCCGCUGGCGGCUCCCGGAUUGCUGCUGCUGCUGCUGCUACUGGCCGGCUCCGCGGGGCUCUGCUGGGCUCUGUUCUCCCUCCCGCUCCGCGUGUCCCACCCCGCCGCCCCCGCCGGCUCCCCGCCCGCCCCGGUGGUGCUGCGGCCGGUCGGCGGCAGCCCGCAGCAGGAUGCGCCGGGGGCUGCGGACGGCUUGGCCUUGGCCUCGGACCCCGGCGGCACCCUCAACUUUUUGGCCAUGGUGGAGAACCUCCAGGGAGACUCCGGCCGCGGCUACUACCUGGAGAUGCUGAUCGGGACCCCGCCGCAGGCGUUAAAUAUUCUGGUUGACACUGGGAGCAGCAAUUUUGCUGUAGCAGGUGUGCCUGAUCCUGAUGUCACAUCCUACUUCGAUCCUGAGCUGUCAAGCACAUACAGAUCUCAAGGGGUGGAGGUGACAGUGAAGUACAGCCAAGGCAGCUGGACUGGAGUGCUGGGCACAGAUGUCAUCACCAUGCCCAAAGGACUCUAUGGCAGCUACACCAUCAACAUUGCCACCAUCCUGGAGUCAGAGAACUUCUUCCUGCCAGGGGUCAAGUGGCACGGGAUCCUGGGCCUGGCCUACGAUGCCUUAGCCAAGCCUUCCAGUUCUGUGGAGACAUUCUUUGAUUCCCUCGUGAGGCAGGCAAAGAUCCCCAACAUUUUCUCCCUGCAGAUGUGUGGUGCUGGACUCCCUGUUUCUGGAAGUGGUACCAACGGAGGUAGUCUUGUGCUGGGUGGAAUUGAGCCCAGCCUGUACACAGGGGACAUCUGGUACACACCCAUCAAGGAGGAGUGGUACUACCAGGUGGAAAUCCUCAAGCUGGAGGUGGGGGGACAGAACCUCCAGCUGGACUGCAGAGAGUACAAUGCUGAUAAAGCCAUAGUAGACAGUGGAACCACUCUGCUUCGACUGCCAGAGAAAGUCUUCAGUGCUGUGGUGCAGGCAAUAGCUCGCACAUCCCUGAUACAAGAAUUCUCCUCUGAAUUCUGGACUGGCACACAGCUUGCAUGCUGGGAUAGAAGUGAAAAACCCUGGUCCUUAUUUCCCAAACUCUCCAUUUACCUGAGGGAUGAAAACUCCAGUAGGUCGUUUCGGAUCUCUAUCCUACCACAGCUUUACAUUCAACCCAUCCUCGUGAUAGGGGAUAAUUUGCAGUGCUACAGAUUCGGCAUCUCCUCCUCCACAAACGCUCUGGUCAUUGGUGCUACAGUCAUGGAAGGAUUUUAUGUCAUCUUUGACAGAGCCCAGAGGAGAGUGGGCUUUGCAGUGAGUCCCUGUGCAGAAGUUGACGGCGCGCCCGUCUCCGAGAUCGAGGGCCCUUUCACCACGGCCGACGUGGCCAGCAACUGCGUCUCCAGCGUCUCCUUCCACGAGCCCGUGCUCUGGAUCGCCUCCUACGCCCUGAUGAGCCUGUGUGGGGCCAUCCUGCUGGUGCUGAUCGUGCUGCUGCUCAUCCCACCCCGCUGCCAGCACCGCUACACCGACAACGACGUGGUCAACGACGAGUCCUCCCUCGUGCGCCACCGCUGGAAGUGAGCGGCUGGAUCCCAAAAACAGACUCAAAAACGGGACCAAGGACAAAGAGCUCUGCCAAGGGGAAGAAGCCAAUGCCUCCUCAGUCCCUCCUACGUUCCUAGAAAACGCUGUUGAGAUUCCCACCAAAUCCCCUGCAUCGUGACUUUUAUAGCUUUAUUUUCUAACACCGGUUCUGAACCAAAGCACUGUUAACCACCUCUGAAGUGCUACGGUACUGGAUUUGUUACUGCAGUAAAAGGAGCCUUUAUGCUCUCUACAGUACCUUCUUUAAAAAAAAAAAAACUGGAAAAAAGUUUAAAAAAAAAAGAUAAAAAGCCACACCAUGAUGUUCUUCCACUGUCUGAACAAAAUUGUCCAUCUCUCUUUCACAAAAGAAAAAGGAGCUGUCAGUAUUUUCUAACUAAUCGAGCCCUGACUGUAGAAAAAGAGAAAAAAAUAAUAAUCUUUCUUAUUAAUUGCAUUAAAUGAAUACUGCUUUCUGUUUA